UAUAUCUCGAAUUACUAUAAUAGGUUCUACAACAACUACUCGUCGUUCGUGCACGGCGGGCUGGACGCGCCCAACCGCGAGACGCUGCCGGUGGUGGGCCAGAAGCAGAUCCACAACCGCAUCCAGCAGCUCAACUUCCGCGACUGCCAUGCCAAGAUCAGCCAGGUGGACGCGCAGGCCACGCUGGGCAACGGCGUGGUGGUGCAGGUGACGGGCGAGCUGUCCAACGGCGGCGCGCCCAUGCGCCGCUUCACGCAGACCUUCGUGCUGGCCGCGCAGUCGCCCAAGAAGUACUACGUGCACAACGACAUCUUCCGCUACCAGGACAUAGUGUUCUCGGACGAGGAGGGCUCGGGCUCGGGGCGGUCGGAGGGCGAGGAGGAGGAGGCGGCGGGCGCGGGCUACUUCCCGCCGCCGCCGCUGCCCGCCGCCUUCCCCGCCGCCUUCCCCGCGCCGCCCGCGCCGCCCCGCGCGCCGCGCCUCGAGCCCGCGCCCGCGCCCGCCGCCGCGCCGGCGCCCGCCCCCGCGCCGCAGACCGCGCCCGCGCCGCCGCAAGCCGCGCAGGCCGCGCCGCACGUGAACGGGCUGGCGCCGCACGACGACGCCGCGCGCCACUCGCUGACCGUCGCGCUGCAGGAGAUGGCGGUCAACAUGGACAUCAGCAGCGCCGAGCGCGAGCCGGAGCCGGAGCCCGAGCCCGUGCCUGAGCCCGAGCCGGCGCGCGAGCCCACGCCGCCGCCGCAGCCCGCCACCCCGGCGGCGCCUCCGGAGCCGAAGACGUACGCCAACCUGCUGAAGUCGGGCUCGCACGCCACGCGCGUGUCCCCGCCCGCCGCCGCGCCGCACGCCCCGCCGCACGCCCCGCCCGCGCACGCCCCGCCCGCGCCGCACGCCCCGCACGCGCCCGCGCCGCCGCAGGACCAGCGCCCGCGCCCGCCGCGCUCGCACCAGCCCGCAGCGGAGGGCAGCCGGCGGUACUCGGACUCGCAGCAGCUGUUCCUGGGCAACCUGCCGCACUCCGCCACCGAGGACGAGCUGCGCGCGCUCUUCGCGCGCUUCGGGCCCGUCGCCGAGCUGCGCGUGCACAGCAAGCCUGCGGCGCCGGGGGCCCCGCGCCACCCCAACUACGGGUUCAUCACGUACGAGAGCGAGCAGGCGGCGCACGACUGCCUCAACGCCGCUCCGCUGUACUUCCCGGCGGACAGCGCGGAGGGCGUGAAGCUGAACGUGGAGGAGAAGAAGACGCGCGGCCGCGAGCCGCCGCGCCGCCGCCCGCUGUCCUCGCACCGCGCCGCCUUCCCGCGCCCCGCCUACCGCCGCUAG